AUGAGCCGCAGCUCCAACAUGGCUCGCCUCGGUAUUUUGAUACUCGCUCUGAUUACCACCGUAGCUCCGAUUGCUAUCGCUUUGACACAUGUUGAGAAUGCAUGCGCCAAAGAAGCUGUGCUGCACUUGAUCCGCGACGACCUUCCGGACGGAGCAAAGGUCAGUCUACAUGUCAAGGUCGGAGCAAGACCCUUAGGAUCUUUUUCAACUGACCGAGUUGAUGUUGUGCAACUCAGUGCAAGAGCAUCAUCGAUUUGGGUUGCGUCUGUAGCGAAAGCACCGGUGACGCAUUCCUACGAUCCUUGGGGGACUACGUCAAAGACGGUGAGCUUUCAGCUACCUUCCUCAGCUGUACCCUGGAGACCCAAUCGUUCUGACCGAAACCCUUGCCGGCAAGGUCGGGGCGAGUGCCGAGAACAAUAUUUCGCCGAGAUUCAAGCGUCUGCAUGUGCGUAUUGUCUUUUCAAUGACUUGGUGCCACCCGAAUGUAAGUGAGAGAGAGCAACAUGGCGUGGAGGAUGAUGCUGAAUGCUCGAAGCCAAUCCACUUUCUCGUAUGCACGUUGCAGCUUGUCGCAAGGCUUCCGUCCGCAUAGUUCCUGCAGAGUCGAAUGUUCAAUGA